GGGCGUAGUUACAGUAGUUUACAAGUGCGUUAACACCAAUCCUACGAGUCCCAGCAUUUGAAAGUGUAUUGUGUGACGCCAUCACAACGCGUCGGAGUAUUACGUUUUGAAAAGUGCGUCAUUGUCAACCGGCUGAAAACAGCAAUGGCAGCUUAACCAACGGUGGCUAAUGCUGGUGUUCUGUCUUCAACCCGCGCCACAAAGUAAGAGCAGCGACCGUUGGACUGAAGACAAACCUGUCCCAGGAGCAGUUUCCACUAGGUGUCGUACUGAGAAUGGAUAGUGAAAUCCAACGAGACGGCAGAGUUCUGGAUCUCACCGAUGACGCUUGGAGGGAAGACAGGCUACCUUAUGAGGAUGUCACCAUCCCUCUGAGUGAACUCCCUGAGGCCGAGCAGGACAAUGGGGGAUCCACGGAGUCGGUGAAAGAGCAAGAGAUGAAGUGGACGGACCUUUCACUGACAAGCCUGCACGAAAACACUCCGAACACUGGGAGCUGAAUCACCACUGGGAUGGGACUGUGGGACAAUACCAACAACUAUGUUCAAACUCCCACUUGGGUUGAUGUUUAGUCUGCCUGAGCGGCAUUUUGCAUUGAAUUACCGUUUGCCUGUUGAGGUUUUCUGUAGCAGUCACUUGAUAUGUUGACGCCACAAGUUGCGUAUGAGUGUGCAACACGCAUUGGCUUAUAGCUCAUGAAACGCAUGUACUUGCACAAUAAUGGUUCUUUGGUUUGGCAAGGACAAAGAUGAUUAAAAGAUAUUGAGAUAUCACCUCCUUAUCCUGUGCAAUGU